CAGACAUAGAAAGUCACAUUUUCUUAGUGAAAUGGAUGCCAUGGUAGAAGAAGGUGACGUGACAGAGAGAGAGGAGGACCAUAGGUUUAGCUCACCACCUGAGCCUUCCCUUUCAGAUAUGUCCUGGUGGUUUACAUCAUGUGGAGCUAGUGGGUCACAUGGACCAACACAAGCACAGUGCAAGUCCACUUAUAGAAAUAGAAAUGACUCAGUCACUGUAGGAACAAAAGCACCACUCCAAGGGGUUCAAAUAUGGAAGGUCCCUGCAACAAGUAAAUAUAAGAUUUCUGCAUAUGGAGCUGCUGGGGGGAAAGGAGCCAAGAAUCACAACAAGAGAUCCCAUGGUGUCUUCACCUCAGCCAUUUUCCAUCUUGAAAAGGAUGAAGUGCUUUACAUCUUGGUUGGGCAACAGGGAGAAGAUGCUUGUCCAGGGAAAAAUGCUGAGACAAAGAAGAUUUGCUUAGGCGAGUCAUCGGUCAUUGAAGAUGACCAUGUGAAAAAUGACACGUCAUAUGAAUGGGCUGGAGGAGGAGGAGGAGGAGGUGGAGCAACAUACAUCUUCAAAAUGCUCGAUGGGGACUUCAUCCCUUUGCUCAUUGCAGCAGGAGGCGGAGGGAAUGCCUACUUAGAGGAUCCUGGAAAAUCUUUAUCCAGCGUUCCAGUGGAGCAGUUUGAAAAUGAUACUUCUGUACCUGGAAUCAAUGGAAAAACAGGAGCAGCAGGAGGAGGAGGAGGUGGAUGGAAUGACACAACCAAGUUUCCCUGGGCAGGAAAGUCUCUCCUAGAAGGAGCUACAGGAGGCGUAGCUUGUCCUCAGGCUGUAGCAAAGCUCCAUUGGGUAACAGCAGGAGGAUUUGGUGGUGGAGGCGGGGCUUGUAGUGCUGGUGGUGGAGGUGGAGGUUAUCGAGCAGUGGAGAGCCAUGGAGAAGUAGAGAUCCAGGUCCUACUGACAUGUAACCACUGCUCAUCUGAUAACUGCUUGUUUGAUCCAAAGACAAAACAUGUCGUGUGCAUCUGUGAAAGUGGGCAAGAACUUGCAAGUGACAGUAUCACCUGCACAGCCCUGAAAGUGCCUCUCAGUGAAGGUCGCCUGCCACUGCCACUUAUUCUGGUGAUAGUAAUAUCGAUAUUGGUCACUGGGGUUUUCCUCAUCUGUGCCAGCUUAACACUAACUUAUUUCUGUAGAAAGAAUCACUUGCAGGGAAUAAGAGUGAGAUUUCAGAGUGCCGAGUACAGACUCAGCAAGAUCCAAACCACAAGCAUCAUGACAGAUUAUAACCCCAACUACUGCUUUGCUGGGAAGACAGCCAGCAUCUGUGAACUGAAUGAGAUCCCAAGGAAAAAUAUCUCACUUAAACGAGCACUUGGUCAUGGUGCCUUUGGAGAAGUUUAUGAGGGAAGCGUUGUUGGAAUCAAAGGAGACCCCAGGCCACAACAGGUAGCAGUCAAAACCUUACCUGAAAUCUGCUCUGAACAAGAUGAAAUGGAUUUUCUUAUGGAAGCUCUGAUUAUCAGUAAAUUCAACCAUGACAACAUUGUGCGCUGUAUUGGAGUAAGCCUGCACACUUUGCCCAGGUUCAUACUGCUGGAACUGAUGGCUGGAGGAGACAUGAAAUCAUUCCUGAGGCUGAACAGACCCAAGGUGGAUCAGACUGGGACUCUCAACAUGAAGGAUCUCCUUGAUAUGGCUCGAGACAUUGCUUGCGGCUGCAGGUACCUGGAGGAGAAUCAUUUCAUUCACAGAGAUAUUGCUGCCAGAAACUGCUUGCUUACCUGUAGUGGAGCUGGGCGUGUUGCUAAAAUUGGAGAUUUUGGGAUGGCUCGUGAUAUAUACAGGGCCAGCUAUUAUCGUAAAGGUGGAUGUGCCAUGCUUCCAGUUAAGUGGAUGCCACCAGAGGCAUUUCUCGAAGGAAUUUUUACCUCCAAGACAGACACCUGGUCAUUUGGAGUACUUCUUUGGGAAAUAUUUUCUCUAGGAUACAUGCCAUAUCCAGGCAAAACCAAUCAGGAAGUUCUAGCAUUUGUGACUAGUGGUGGUAGAAUGGAUCCUCCCAAGAAAUGUCCUGGGCCAGUGUACCGCCUUAUGACACAGUGCUGGCAGCACCAACCAGAACACAGACCAGAUUUUUCAACUAUCCUUGGCUGGAUUGACUACUGCACUCAGGACCCUGAUGUCAUCAAUGCAGAUCUACCCAUUGAAUGCAACUCGGUGUGUGAUGACGAGCAGAGUAGAAGAAUGCAUGCAGAGAGCUCCAGUGAUAACAGGGUAUCAUUUUCAGCAUACCCUGCACUGACAUUUCCAGUUGCCCAGACAGGCACAGAAUUCAGACCUGAAUCCCAGAAGCCUCUGCAGACACAGCAUUGGGAAUUACCUUUGAAAGACAGCUUGAAAGUCUGGGCAAAGAAAGGACAGCACAUUUCUGGCCAUGUUGAUGUCAAUGUACCAUGGCUCUCCCACGAGCAAUGUCUUUUUAGAGAGUCUUUUACAGAUACAACAACAAUCCAAACUGAAAGACAAAAUAAUAAUUCCAAAAAUCUGUGGAAUCCCACAUAUGGAUCUUGGCUACUGGAAGAUGUUACCACAGCUAACAGAGGCUCAGACAUCCAUGGCAUAAAAAGUUAUGCAAACACAACAGCAUGAAAACUUUGGUUUUGAUAACACCAUUAUCUCUUCACCAAGCUUCAGAGCUUCUAUGCAACAAGUCAACACCCACUACUCACAGUCUGAUAUAAAGUAGGAAUGAAAUGUUCAGACUGCAGAAUUUUUCAUAUAGAAAUAUGGGAUUAUCAAAGUUCCAUAGCCAAAUAUAAAUUAUCAACAACUGUUAUUAAGGAAGCCCUUACUUCAACAGAAAAUAUACAGUCAUGCAAACCAGGAAACAAAAACAAAUAACCAAGACUCAGGGACUUCAAUUUCAGAUCAUCUUUUUGUGACAACAGUUUCUAACUACAGCCUGAUUAUACCAACACUAUGCAACUCAAAACUGUUUUGGGAAACUGCUAUGAAAGAUAAACAGACAUUCCUACCACAUAAUGUCACUUUCAGUCUUAAACAAUUCACAUGUGGUUGAAAGCAUCAAUACUAAUUAAGUUUGAAAUGACCAGAAGUAAUCUGCUAAUGAUGAUUACUAAAAUAUUAUUUUCAUUUUCAUCUUAUUUAUUUUGUUGAAUUCUGUUGGAUUUUGUCCAAAACAUGUUUUUUUCUAAACUUAUAUACUGUAGUUUAACAGCUGACCACUAUGCCAGAAGAAAUGGAAAUUUUCUCCAAAACAG